UUUCGUGACCUUUCCAGAACUAUAGUGUCUGUUUUAUCCUUUUAUUCUUUCUCAAAGCCGUUGAUUUUCCAGAAGUACUUUGUUCAGAUAUUUUUCUAUCUUGUGAACGUGUUUUAAACGUUUCAAAUCAAAAACAGAAGGUUUUUUAGCGACUCGAAGACGAAGCGUCGAGGGUGAGACGCACGUGAAAAUGGCGGAUUUCACGGCUGGGUAUUUGACGUACGAGACCUCGAAUACGGACCAUGGAAGCACCGAGUCCAAGACACGAUUUCACUGCAGUGUUCCUUUGUGUAAUGGGGAUUCGCGCUACAACCCAGCACUUUCUUUUCAUCGAUUCCCUAAAGACGCAACACUAAGAAGUGCCUGGAUUACAAAAGUAAGGCGAGACGAAGGACCCUAUUUCAAGAUAACACACAGCACGAGGGUUUGCUUAAAACAUUUCUUAGACAGUGAUUACCGUCCCCCAAACAACUCAGGAAAAAGACUUCUCAAAGCUGGGGUCGUUCCUACAAUGUUCGACUGGUCUGGUAAAACCACUCAAAGGAGAAAAUUGAUUCGACAAGUUGACAGUGGGACUCAGACUGACGAGAGUGAGGAUGAGAAUGAUAAUGAUGUACCUGAGCCCUGUCCUGAUUCUGAAGCAGCACCACAGCCUGAAAGAACUCCU